AUGAAGAUCCUUCUGCUCCAUACUCUUGUCGUUGCUUCUCAUGUCCGUGCUAUUGUGCUGGAGACAUCAACCACGCCGGUAACACCGGGAAAGAGAAUCAAGGGACUGCUGAGGAGCGACCUCCAGGGCCCGAUUUUCGUGCACAUUCCGAAGACUGCAGGCACUUCCAUUUGGAAAGCUUUGGGCUCGAACUUCACGGAUUCUGGAAGGUAUCCGGAGGUGCCAUUUUUCUGCAUGAAGCACAACCCUCCGCAGGAGCACGUCCCAGAUAGCUGGGCCGUCGUGCGAGAUCCUUGCGAUCGACUCGUUUCGGAGUUUGCCUGGGCGCGGCUGCAGGGUUGGUACAACAGGUACAAGGCCGAUGGCUUGGACUCCCAUGCCACGCCAGACUGUGCUACCUUCAACAAGUGGGUGUCCUUGGUCAUGAAAGCGUAUAAAACCGACUCAGAGGUCGAAGAUUGUCAUAUGAUUCCUCAAUGGUGUUACGCCUCCAAGGUGGACAAGCUGGUGCCCAUGGUCGGGGAUUUGGAGCAGAAUGUUCGCAAAGUCGACAAGCGCCUGGCAUUUCUCAAGCUGAACAGCACGAAUCACCACUCUCACGUACUCAAGAAGUACGAUGUCGGCUGUGGUUGCUUGACGCCGGAGAAUCUGAAGGCUGUUCAGGAGCACUUCAUAGAAGACUUCGUUCACCUGAGGCAAGUCCUCGGCACCUCGAAGUAUGCUCCGAUGUCUGCUUCGGAUCCCAACUUCGUGGUGAAAGACUCGAAAUGUGCAGCUUUCCACCGCAACGGCAAGCAGCUGUGGCCAGUCAGAAAAUGA